UUUCCCGUGACAGCUUUCGUGCUUUAAUUUUAGCUACUUUCGCUUUCAUGCUCACGCCCAAAUUUAAUUUCAAUUUAAGAUCGAUCCUAGAAGAUCAUCAAUUGGCUCAAUCUCAGGACAGCUUUGUUAUCCCUUCAACAACCUAACAUGUUUGUGCCACGUUAAUGGCUUUUACUCCUAUCUAUGUUUGAUUCAUUGAAGGAAAUUAUCUCGGUGCAGGUCUGAACUUUGGUGAUGAUCAUGAAGAAUUGGGAUGUGGGCCGUAGGAAUCGGACAGCAUUUUUAUGAGGGUGUGAAUUAUGGUCAGUUGGGUAUAAUCAAAUUUCAGUGGCUGUGAGCUAUGGUGAAGGAGAAGGCAUUACCGAGCGGCGGCGGCGGUGGAGGAACUCCACAGUCCGAAUCCAAAACUGUUGGCUCUUUACAGAUGGAGAAUGAUCCAUCAGCACCGCCACAACACAGAGCCAAAUCUCCUGUCAUGAGUAAUCCCCCAGUGGACCAAAAUUCAAGCAAGUCAACUCUUGGAAGUGUAGGACAGAAGGUCCACAAUAAUGAGAAUAGCAAUAGUAGUAAUAGCAAAAGGGAUGUGGAUAGAGUAGGGUCAGUUGUGAAUGAUUUUCAGAGUGUUUCCCUUGGUAGUGCAAGUGCACAUGAGCAGGCACUCCAGCAGCAGGCGCUGCACCAGGCGGCACUACACCAACAAGCUCUUAAACAACAUGGUAUUGGAGCGGUUAGUUUCCACUCCUUAAUUCAGCAGCCUAACUCUAGCAGACUAUGCCAGCAGAGCAAACAACAUACCCUGGCAGAGAAAUGUGUCAAGGCAGAGCCAAUAGAUGUUUCUGAUUUGGAUAAGUUCAGGGCAGGUCACGAAGUCAUUGAGAUUGAUGAUUCAAAGGGGAGGAGGAACAAAGUGGAGCACGAACAGGCUCUGCAAGGUCAAUCACAGUCUACAUUGAGGGAAGGUGUGUUUGCAGAUUUAAAUGCAGAGCCCCCAUUGAGCGAUGGCGGGGAGGAACACUCACAUAGUGGUGGAGAUAAAAUUACUGCAACGCAGCACGAGUCCGGCAGAAGCACAAAUGAUGAAAAAAGGAAAAAAAAGAACUUUGUAAAGGUGAAAAAAAUGGUCAAAGAUAUUGAAGAACAAAACAAAAAGGUUGGUAAACCAGGAAAAGCAUGUCAAAAGUUGAAAGGAGACCCAACACUUGAAUCUGGACAUGACACAGAUCCAGAUCAACAAUAUUUAGGUGUCUUGGCUGCUCGUGAAGAGAAAAUCAAGAGUCUUAAGUCGGGUCUGGUACAUGUUGCUCGCAAGAUGCCCAAAAAUGCCCAUGCUCAUUUUGUUCUUGGUCUUAUGUAUCAAAGGAUGGGUCAGCCUACUAAGGCAGUGUCUUCAUACGAGAAAUCAACUGAAAUUUUAACGCAAUCUGAAGAAGAAACAGGGCAAAGCAGGGUUCAGUUACUUUCUUUAGUUCAGAUCCACCAUGCCCAGUGCCUUUUGCAAGGUAGUGUUGGAGAUCAUUGUACUUUGGAUAAGGAACUACAAAAGGAUGAAAUUGAAGAUGUAGUUUGCAAGUUGAAAGAAUCAGUACAGGCAGAUGAUCGGCAUGCAUCUGUUUGGAAUACCCUUGGCUUACUGCUUCUCAGAACUGGCCGUGUGCAGAGUGCAGUUUCUGUUUUAUCAUCUCUGUUAUCCAUUGUGCCAGACUAUUUGGAUGCACUUGCAAACCUUGGAGUUGCUUACUUGCAUAGUGGCGAUUUGGAGUAUGCUGCACAAUGUUUUCAGGCCUUACUAGGGAAAGAUAAAAACCAUCCAGGAGCUCUUCUCAACUAUGGGGCCCUUCUUUUACGCCAGUAUGGUUCAAUUGUUGCAGGUGCAGGAGCUCGAGGAAGUCAAGAGGUAUAUGUUAGUCAGCUUGCAGCUGCAAGUGCAGCACAGCAAUGCCUUGCAGCAGCAGUAAAAGCAGAUAGCAAAGCAGGAUAUAUAUGGGUAAAUCUUGCUGCUGCAUAUUCUCUAGCUGGUGACCAUACAAGUGCUGGCAGAUGCUUGGACCUGGCCUCAAAAUUGGAGCCAAAUCGAAUGUCUAUCAGAUAUGCUGUAGCAGUGCAUCGAGUAAAAGAUGCAGAAAGAUCCAAGGACCCAACCCAGCAACUUUCAUGGGCUGCCAAUGAAAUGGCUUCCAUACUGAGAGAAGCUGAUCCAGCAACUGUCCAGCCUUGCCUGGCUUGGGCAGGUCUUGCUAUGGUUGACAGAGCACAGCAUGAGACUGCAGCAGGUUUUGAAGGAGAAACAGAUUUGAAAGAAGUGGAGGAAAGAGCCAUUUACACAUUACAACAGGCAAUUGAGGAGGAUCCUGCUGAUUCUGUUCAAUGGCAUCAAUUGGGAUUGCACACUCUCCGUACACUGCAGUUUAACAAAGCUGAAAGUUACCUGAAAACUGCGAUAGCUUGUCUAAAAAAUUGCAGCUUUGCAUGGUCAAAUUUAGGUGUAACAUUACAAUUAUCUGAAGAUCCAUCUUUGGCCGAAGAUGUAUACAAGAGGGCACUUUCCCUUGCUGCUUCUGAACAAGCACACAGUGUGCUUUCAAAUUUAGGAAAUCUUUAUCGGCAACAAAAAAGAUUUGGUGAUGCACAUCAAGCAUUUGCGAAAGCACUGGAAAUAUGCCCUAGCUAUGCACUUGCAUGCAACAAUCUUGGGUUAUUGUACAUUGCAGAGGGUCAAUGGAAAAAGGCAGUUUCUUGUUUUAACCAGGCUCUUCUUGCAGACCCUCUUCUGGAUGCUGCAAAGUCAAAUAAGAUGAAAGCAGUAGCCCUUUCGUCAUGUUGCAUGGAUAUUGACUUUCCUACGUCACCAUCAGUUUUGUAUUCACCAGAGACACCACUGGACCUUCCACCAUCUUCCUCUGAUGCUGUUCAAGUUCUGCAUCGUGUACCCACUCAGGAGAGUGGUGUUGUUUGACAUGAAUGCUCUGAGGAUGAUCACCUUCUCUAGUUGUAUGAAUAAAAGAAUAACUCUCUCGAACUCUCUGAACUGUUAAGCCGGAAGGGUAUGUACACAAGGUAUUCAUUAUUUCAUACAUUAUCCAAAGUCACACUUGUAUAUUGGUUACUUUCCAUUCCUGUAUUAGAAACACCCCAAAUUAAGGGGCACACAAAUGUCACAUACAAUGAAAUAGUUGGAAACAGCAAAAUUUUAUGGAAUGAAAUAUUUUACUCAA